GCGAUGAGCGCAACACCGAGUUCACCGACGAAGAAAGGAAAAUUAAAGCAGUUCAACAGUGACUACGAUGAUCUUGACCCAGUCAUCACAUACCGGCAUCUUCAGUCUUCAGUCAUUGGUCCAAGUCAUCCAUUACGGAUAGUCGCCUUGUGCGACUGCAACGCGUUCUAUGCCAACUGUGAGCAAGUACGACUAGGUCUUGAUCCGGAAAUACCUUUGGUUGUGCUACAAUGGGGUAUGCUGAUCGCUGUGAACUACCCUGCUCGUAAAUUUGGUAUCUCGCGAAUGGACAAGUUGGACGAGGCACGGAAGAGGUGUCCUGAUCUCGUCGUGGUCCACGUGGCUACAUACGCACAGGGAGAGGAUGAGCCAAAGUAUUGGGACAAGCCAGAUGUCAAUACGCACAAGAUUUCCUUAGAUCUGUAUCGCCGGGAAAGUGUCAAAAUCCAUAGCAUGUUUAAAGAUCAAUUACCCACUGGUGAAGUUGGUAUGGAGCAUUACUUUAUGGAAGGAUACGCCAUUAAUGCAGUCUUACUCAUCACGUCCAUAGAGAAGGCAUCAAUUGACGAAGCAUUUAUAGAUUUCUCGAUUCCCGUUCGCGAUGAGCUCCUGAAACGAUACCCUUAUCUGUCCGAACCUCCAGUUGAUUCGCCAAGCGGCCCAGAUACUCCAUUACCUCCGCCCCCUCGGAUAUCGUAUAUUGGAUUGGGGAACCUGAUUCCUAUAGACCCCCCAAAGCUUGACCCAGAGAAAGAAGCCACUACUGAGUUAAUAGAAGAGAUUGAGAAAGAUGCUCCAGCCACUUGGCAAGAUGUAGGGCUCGCAAUAGCAGCGGAGCUAAUGGCCUCUAUGCGGAAGGAAGUGCACGAAAAGCUCGGCUAUCUGACGUCUGCGGGGAUAGCACGGAACAAAUUUUUGGCUAAACUAGCGGCUUCUUAUCGCAAGUUCAACACGCAGAAUAUCCUGCGAAACUUGGCCAUACCAGGGUUUCUUAAGCCUAUGCCAUUCCAGAAGAUACGUUUCCUCGGCGGAAAAUUGGGCAAGGCUCUUGCAACAGAGUAUGAUGUGUCAACUGUGGGAGAUUUGCUUCACAUCGGUAUUGAGGAGAUGCAGUCCAAGUUCGGCGAGUGUUCUGUCUGGGUAUACGAAAUACUUCGUGGGAUAGAUCGUGCCGAAGUGAAGGAGAAAGCUGUGAUUAACAAAUCCAUGAACGCCUCAAAGAACCUACCUAAGCCCCUCACGGACCCUUCCGAAGGACCGCAUUGGAUCCGCAUGCUUGCGGCAGAACUCGCAAUUCGACUUAAUGAAGCUCGCGAGAACACUCCAGGUCUAUGGCCACGGACGCUUAGCUUGCACACUUGUCAGGGUUGGCACGUUCGGCGUUCGAAGCAGCAAGCAUUUCCACCCCCACGUUCCACCAAUGUAACUGCGGAUUUUAUGACCGGGGAGGCCGAGAAACUGUGGAAAGAGAUAGUGAAGAGUGGCAUAUUGUGGGAUGGCAAGGACGGAAUGAAAGUGACCCACCUUGGUUUGGGUUUGACAGGAAUAGGCUGGACAGAAGAAGGCCAGCAGAAUAUCCAAGGUUUCUUCCGUGCGAAGGCACCGACGGGCACUGAGCGGGCGGUUUCGGAAGGUGUAGCCGGUCCGAGUACAUAUGCGACCGGCAGAGAAGCAUUGCGUCAACGAAGUCAAAGUGUCAAACCUGGUGUGGAUGAAGACGAAAUUGUUGUGCUGGACAUUGGAGACGAAAGCGGGACCGGGUGUUAUUCCUUUACAUGCGCUCGAUGCCGCAAGAUUAUUUCUCUACCUCCGCAUUUACUCAAGCAAGGCGAGGUUUCUGGUCCAAUUGGUGACAAUACCAGCGAUGUCGAGGAAUUACGGCAGGAUGCGCUCGCAGUUCUUCGUAUGGAACACGACGAUUACCAUUUCGCACAGGAUCUUGCUCGUCAGGAUAAACAGUCAACCAGCAGUGCGUCGGUCCCUGAGAAACGCAAGCCCAGCUCUUCGUCAACUCGACAAGUGAAGAAGAGGAAGAAAGAACAUCAACCAGAGGGCAUCGCCAGAUUCUUUAUCAAGGAGAGGAAGCCAUGACAGUUUCAUUCAGACGGGUUUUUCGGGUGGGGACUUAUUCAAUUUGGACUAGUUCAUCAUGAUUUGUAGCGGUAUUCCAUGUACACCGUCUCUAUCGUUGUAUCCGUAGAGCAACUAUCAU